CAUGGAACAGGCAAACAAUAGUAGCUUUGUCCCAUUUGUUCCAUUCCCUCCUGGCUACUUUGCGAAAAAGGACACACAACAGGCAGAUAACGCAGAUUCUUCCUCUGUGUCUAGGGUUGAAACUUCAUCUAUAUCCAGCAACUCAUAUCACAAGGGAUCACCCUUGAAUCCUCUUUCCAAAACCUAUUCUGAGACGGCAGAUGUAGAGAAGACACAUCAAAAGUCAGAUGAUUCUGGAUAUAAGUUCACAGAUAUGAACACUGUACAAAGAACUGAUGAUCGAUUUACAAGCUCAAGGUUUGUAAGUUCAAAUUUCUCUGGAGAUCAGGGGUUCCCUCGUAUUAGAAACAUAGGUGAGACUUCUCUUGCUUCCGAUGCUUCAAGCACUGAUAGUAGUGGCAGUAGAAACUCGGUGAUAGAUGAUGUAUCCCCUUCUGAGACUGUGGGAGUGGGUUCACCCCAGCUGCCUGGAAACCAGAAUAUCAGAAGUGGAUGGACAGGAAACAGCUUGGAAGGGUCUGCUGUGAAGGACCCAGAUCCCUUGGACAUGUCUGAAGAAGCCAAAGCUGAGAGGUGGUUCCGCCGUGUUGCUCAGAUAAAAGACAUUUCUGAAUUGAGUCAGAUACCAGAUGAAGGCUUCCCAUCGAUAAUGCCAAUGCGCAAGGGGGUUAACAGGUUUGUGGUGAGUAAGCGGAAAACUCCUAUUGAGAGAAGGUUGACAUCUACUCAGUACCGGAGAAAUCUUCCCGUCGUAAGUUCUGAUCCCAUGAAAAGAGAAAGCGACAUUAGUGAAAAAUGAACCAACACAGACACCGCGCCCAAGUUUCUGCAGGCAAAUUUUUGUUCACUUGAUUUUUCUCAGAGCAUUCAAGCUAAGCAUCAGCAUGCACUUGCUGUACGUGUAAUCAAUAAAUAAUGAACUAAAAAUGUGUAACUUCGCACAGAUUUUAUUGUGGCUUAUUCAGUGUAACAAAUUGCAUAUACGAAUGAAAGCCAACAGAUACUGGUUCUUAGGUGUAUGAUGUAUCUCUAGUUCGAUUGGUGGUCUUCGGCUUUACCAUUUGUGCCCUUGUUGAUUUAGAGAUCUGGACUAGUUCUUUUUUACUUUCACAAGUCAUAUAAUGUGAAAAUUGUUAGACAUGA